GUAAAUGUUGUCGUCAAUAUCAACAAUGGCGACCGUAGGUGGCAACAUACAGGUAGAAGAAAAAUUUAAUAGUUUGCAAAUUAAUAUAGAUGCUGAUCCACCGGAAACCCUCGAAAGAAAUGGCGAAAAAAUAUCUAACUUCGAUUUAUCUAUUGAGGAAGUCUAUAAGUUAGCGUUAAGUUUUUACAAGGAAAAAGAAGGCAAAGCUAUUCAUCUUAGUUACGAAGAUAAACUAUCGUUGGUAGCUUUUUCUCAACAGGUCUUGCAUGGUCCUCUAUCAGAAGCAAUUUCCAAAUUACCUCCGUUGGGUGCUUUAGAUGUGGUCGGUCGUGAUCGACGGGUUGCAUGGCAAAAGCUGGGAAAGUUAGAUGUCAAUCAAGCGAGAUCUGGUUUUAUAGAGUUACUGAGUAGGAGGUGCCCUUUGUUCACAGCAUUUUUAGAGGCACAUCGCAUGGAAAAAAAAGAACAGGAAAGAAUCGCGAAGGAAGAGACUAAGCGCAGAGUCCUCGAACACGAACAACAACUUAAGAGGGAAGCGGAAGAAAAGGUUUUACAAGAACAAAUUCGAAGGGAAGAAGCGAUUAAGAGGCAAAUACAACAAGCCCUCAACGAGCAAACUUACGAACAGUUUAGGAAUUAUGCCGAACAACAAUAUCCAGGAGAUCCUGAGAAACAGGGACUACUUGUUAAGCAGCUACAAGAACAGCAUUACAUACAAUAUAUGCAGCAACUACAAGCAGCACAAAGAGGAGAACUCAUAACAAACGAAAAUCGAAAUGGCAAGAAACAAUUGGAAGCUACAGAGGAAUUGAAUGCUUGUGUAAAGGAUGAUUUUGUAAAUGCCAAUAGUGUGGAUUCGUUAGAAGAAACUUUGGUGCCCGCUAGUAUGUGGACCAGGGCCGAUAUUCAGGCAUUCAAACAGACUAUUUCUCAAGCAGAAGGUGACAGCGUGGUUAGAGUCGGUCACGGUGAAACUGUAACAGUAAGGGUACCAACACAUAAAGAUGGAGCUCGAAUAUUUUGGGAGUUCGCUACUGAUCAUUACGAUAUUGGUUUUGGGGUGUACUUUGAAUACGGAACCCCUACAACAGACCAAGUUUCAGUACACGUCUCUGAAAGUGACGAUGAAGAUAUACAAGACUUGGACGAUUUAGAGGAUGAUGAAAUAAUAAAUCCGUCCGAUUUCGAGGCGGGGUCCAUUGCCAAUGAGACAUCACCCAAACCAGUUAUUAUGGAAAUCGUUCCCGUAUAUAGACGAGACUGCCAGACUGAGGUUUAUGCAGGUUCACACCAGUAUCCCGGGCAGGGAGUUUACUUUCUCAAAUUUGAUAAUUCCUAUUCCUUAUGGCGAUCCAAAACAUUAUAUUAUAGGGUGUACUACAGCCAGUAGGUAAACAAUUUGUCUUCAUGUACUGUUCUUUUUUCUUUUGCUACGUUCUAGUCCUAAAUGCUGUUGAUUUUUCAAAACUGUACUGUUAAAAGUAUUAUUUAUUUGUAUUGUAUGGACCAUUGAUGUAAUUUAAAAACUCCAAUCGAGUAGUAAAUGUCUGAACUAAAUAUUUGUAAAUAUUUGUCGUUCGCAAAUAUCAAUUGUGAAUUUUCUAGUUUCUGAUUGAUAUCUGGAGAGUGGACGUUUAUAUAAAUUUUUGAAGUAAAUCAACUGUAAGUGAUGGAAUGUUUGCGACUGGGCUAGCCACUAAAAGAAUUUUUCGAAUUAUCAUUUUAUUACUACAUAAAUCGCUUACCUGAUUUAUUUCUAUAAAUUACAUUUUGUAAUAGUUUUUAGAGAAUAAAAUAUAAUAAAAUAUGUUGUGAUACUUA